AUGUGCGGCGGACCAACCAAUUGGCUGUGGGAGCUCAACCACUUGGUGGUGUGUGAGGCCACCAUGAUCCACAAUGUGCUCAUGUGUGAUCUCAUGAUGACCCACAACGGCUACGAGGUGCACAUGUCUGGCCUCAAGGCGAGCAUGGGCGCCAGCACCUUCUGCGUCACCUUCCGCCAGGUGAUUGACGCUGUGGCCUGGUGCUCCACCGCACAGCGCGCCCUCGUCGCCGCCGACUGGCCUGCUGGGUUGCUGUGCAUCAAUGGUGCACACACUGAGUAUGGCAACUCAUCCAAUGAACACUUUGUCUACUGUGGACUGCGCGUGUGCAUGGGCGUGCAUGUCGGCCCAGUGCGUUGCAUCAUGGACCCCAAGACACGCCACGCUGAGUACAUUGGUCCAGUGGUGAAGGGAGCCAUGGCCAUUGCGCACAUGUUGUCAGGCAGUCAGGUGCUCAUGUCACCCAACAUCAAGGCCAAGCUCACCAACCUGCCUGAUGAGAUUGGGCGGAUGCGUCCCCUUCAGAUCCAACACAUGGGCAACAUCAAUCUCAAGCAAGCAGUGCCCAAGGGGAUCACCUACCAGCUGAUCAUGAACUCACUCAAGAUGCACGCCAAGAAUCAUGUGCAGUUCAAUGAAGAUGAUGAUGAUGACUGCAACGUGCUCCAACUGCCCACCAAGGACAUGAGCCUGCUGGUGUCAGCCAACAAGUGCCAGUGGUUUAUUGACCCACACAAGAUCAAGACCAGCAAGGUGAUUGGCCACAGGAUGAGCGCUGUCAUCUACAGGGGCCUGUGGAGCAAGUCAACGCCAGUUGCCAUCAAGAUCUUCAACUGGUCAAAAAUGACUGAGGAGCAGGCGCUCCAAUUCCAUGUUGAGGUGGCCACUCUCACUGAGCUCUUGCAUCCCAAUGUCCUGCUCUUCAUCAGUGCCACCAUCAGCAACAAGCACCUCUUGCUUGUCACUGAGUUCAUGCCCUGUGGCAGCCUUGCUGGUGUGCUUGCCAACACCUCCAUGUACCUGCUCACAUUCACCCAAUGCCACCAUGACCAACUUCAGCACGCCCAUGUGGAGCACGCCUGA